GAGCUUGGGCUCAUACCACAAAAGCCCACAUCUCUAAGAGUGCUUUCUUUUUCCCUCCCGGUUUCUCGAGAAACAAACGGGAAACCGGAGAUGGGAUUGCCCAACACUUUUACCGUCCGGUUCCUGUCGAGUGGAAGACGAGCACCAUGUUGCUCCAAUGGCGGGUUGAAUUCGAGCUUUGAGGUGUUACUGCGGUCGAAGCUAGUAUUUUCAACUUCCACAUUGAAGGAAGACUUCACUGAUUGCCUGGAUUCUCUUGCUUCCACCUUAACCACCGUCACAGUGUCCGCUGAUUCUUCGAAUGCUGAGAUUUUCUCCGGCGAUCCUGGUCAUCGCGCGUUCAUCAAUGCGAGUCCCAUCCUCAAUGUCCCCCACUUCCGCGUUCAUUUCGUUCUCGAACAAUAUCUACAGCUUGACGAGGAGUAAUCAGCACGGCGAGGCGAUUCGCUUGUUCGCCGAAUUGCUUUCGCAGGGGAUUUCGGCGGACUGUUAUGUACUGCCCAGCGUCGUCAAGGCGGCUGCUGGAUUGUCUUCUUUGAAGACAGGGGCUCAAGUUCAUUGCUUGGCGUUUGUCAAUGGGCACCAUUCGGAUUCACUUCUUCUCUCGUCUUUGGUUCAUUUCUACCUCAAGUGCGACAGAGUGAUGGAUGCCCGUAAGGUGUUUGAUAGAAUUCCUCGCCCGAAUGUGGUGGCUUGUAGCGCUCUGCUCUCGACUUAUGCGCGGAAGGGCUGCGUAGUGGAGACGAAAGAGCUGCUUAGAGAAGCGGUGGAGAUGGGACUUGAGCUGAAUUCGGUAUCUUGGAAUGGGAUGAUUGCCGGGUUUAAUCACAGCAGACAGUUUAAAGAUUCGGUCUUGAUGUUUCGAGAUAUGCAUUCGGAAGGGUUUAAGCCUGAUGGGACCAGCGUUUCCAGCGUGCUUCCAGCAGUUGGUGACUUGGAGAUGUUACCCUGCGGGGUUCAGAUUCAUGGCUGUGUGAUCAAGCAAGGUUUAUCCCAAGAUAACUGGGUCGUUAGCUCGCUUGUCGAUAUGUAUGGGAAAUGCGCACGUCCGAAUGAGAUGUCGAAAGUCUGCGAGGAGUUGCCUGAGAUGGAUGUUGGAGCUUGCAACGCAUUGAUCACAGGGCUAUCCAGGACUGGCUGUGUUGAAGGUGCACUGAAAAAAUUUAAACAAUUCAAGAGACAAGGACUCAACCUGAAUGUAGUAUCAUGGACUUCAAUGAUAGCUAGCUGCUCACAGAACGGAAAAGACAUGGAAGCUUUGGAACUCUUUAGAGAGAUGCAGAUGGAAGGAAUCAUGCCAAACUCUGUAACAAUCCCAUGCUUGCUUCCAGCUUGCGGGAACAUUGCGGCAUUAAUGCACGGUAAGGCAGCCCAUUGCUUCUCUCUUAAAAACUGGAUCUCAAACGAUGUCUAUGUCGGUACUGCAUUGAUCGACAUGUAUGCUAACUGCGGCAGAAUACACUUGUCUCGACGUUGUUUCGAUAUGAUGCCUAGGAGAAACCUGGUUUCCUGGAACGCAUUGCUGGGUGGAUACGCCAUGCAUGGAAAGUCCAAAGAAGCAUUGGAAGUUUUUGACUUGAUGCAGAAGAGUGGUCUGAAACCCGACUUCAUCAGCUUUACUUCUGUUUUGUCUGCCUGCAGCCAAGGUGGGUUGACUGAGGAAGGUAAGUUCUACUUCGAUAGCAUGUCUAGAGAUUAUGGGAUUGAACCAAGAUUAGAGCACUAUUCCUGCAUGGUCAGCAUUCUUGGCCGUGCUGGAAGGCUAGCCGAAGCAUAUACGAUGGUGAAGCAGAUGCCUAUGGAACCUGAUGGUUUGAUAUGGGGACCUUUGCUCAGCUCAUGCAGAGUUCAUCACAAUGUAGUCAUAGGAGAAGUUGCUGCUCGAAAACUCUUCAAGCUAGAACCGAAUAAUCCUGGUAACUACGUCCUCUUAUCUAACAUCUACGCGUCUAAAUCUAUGUGGGUUGAGGUAAAUUCGGUGAGGGAGAUGAUGAAGAGCAAAGGUUUGAGGAAGAAUCCCGGAUGUAGUUGGAUUGAGAUCAAGAACAAAGUGCACAUGCUACUGGCUGGUGAUAAAUCGCAUCCUCAGAUGCCCGAAAUCACGAAGAAGUUGGGUGAACUGAGAUUAGAGAUGCAGAAGUCUGGUUACUUGCCGCAUACAGACUUUGUGUUGCAGGAUGUGGAGGAGCAGGAUAAGGAGGAGAUGUUGAGCGACCAUAGCGAAAAAUUGGCUGUUACUUUGGGACUUCUGAAUACUAGUCCUGGGUUUCCACUUCAAGUGAUUAAGAACCUCAGGAUAUGUGGAGACUGCCAUGCUGUCAUAAAGUUCAUCUCUGAGUUCGAGGGCAGGGAGAUUUUUGUCAGAGAUACAAACCGGUUUCAUCAUUUCAAGGAUGGAGUCUGCUCUUGCGGAGACUUGUGGUGAUGUGCAUUGAGUUGCUACUCGACCAAGUUAAUCAAGUUCUUCCAUCAGGAUGAACGGGCAUACCUAAAUCUCUAGAGCUGAAGACCAGAAGAUUGGCUCGAGGAUGGAAUGAGAUUAUCGAACACGGAGAAGCUAGCAUGUCCCAAGAACAAUGGGAGGCCCGAAAUGCUGCUGUUAGACGGUGCCCAAAGGUUCGGACCGGAAUACAAGAAUGGCAGGCUCAUGCCGAUUUACCGUGGUGUGCCAACAAGUCGAAGUAAGCAGAGGCCCCUUAUUGCUUGUACGAUGAAACACAGAACCUGCUCCAUUACUACUGGCUAGUGGCUACUGCUGAUCUUAGAGGAACAAUUGAGCUCUAUAGCAAAAGAUGUGGCCACUGGAGCUGCAGUGUGUUGUAGAAACCAAAACUAGCACUGUUGUUAUUCAAUUGUUAUCAUGAAUGCAUUAACUUAACGAUAAUUAUUUGUAAGCUUAAAGGAACUUGUAAACAUUAUAAACUGUAAUUUGCCAGAGAAGGCAAUAACAUAUUAUAGAACACUACAGGUUAAAAGGUCUGUUUUGAUCUAAUGGGUUAAAAACUUGCCUGCGAUCUGCUGUCUUCUUGAAGAAGCCAACAUCAGAUGAGAGCCUCUACAGCAAUGUCAGAACACCUGAAUUUCAGCAGAUGAAUAUGCACCAUGGAGAUAAUAAAGAGGUUUUACACCA